CAACUUGCCGCCUACCUGGCAUCGCAGCUGUUUCUAUUCUUACUAUUCGUCUUGGUCGAGGUUAGGAUCGGGUUCGUACUUAGUCGCUUACUGGCCGUUAUUCUGGAUAUAGCGAAGACGACGACUUGGUUCCACGACUGUUUGCCGAGCCGAGCGAAUUUCUGUUUGCGAUACCUUUGGUUUAUUUACGCCGAAGCCAUUUCCCGCGUUAUUAGGACGAACACGAGGCCAGUAGUUUUCAAUCUUGUUUCCGUUUAAUUCAUCUGAUCCACCUGCCGGCGGGUCAUCGGUUACUGGCAUUGUAUCGAUUUAAACUCGUAGGGUGGGAGCUGGGACUUGUGUAUGCGGCUUAUACAGCCGGCAAAAGCUGCGACGGAUUGGAAAGAAGUGGUAUGUGGAUAUCUGAUCUGGGUUCUGCGCUGCCCAGAUUGUUUGUUUAAAUGAGUCAAUCUCAAAAUGGGCGGUAUAAUGGCCAACCACCGGCUAUGGAGGGAUCUGUUAAAAGAGCGAGGGAGAUGGCUAGAGCGAGAGAGUUAGCUGAUGCGAACGGGGCAAGGGGAAAGAUAUCACCAUUUCCAGAACCUGCAUCCAUGAGACGGCCUCAAGUACCUGCAGGACUACAACUUAGGGACGAACAAGGACAGAUAGGAAUGGCGAUAUCGAGACCGACACCGCUGUCCCAGUGGCCGCUCGCCGGGCCUGUCGCGGCACCAUCACCUAGUGAUUCAGAGCCAUACCGACCGCCACCUGGCAGAUCGCAACCACCCCAACGCCCUCCACGUCCUAGCAGAGUGCCGUCAAUUUUAGACAGUUCUCGUAUUCAGGAGUACACGCCUACCUUCCAGUACGCACCUCAGAACGCUGGAGCAUCGGAGCUGUCCGCACCCGAGACAAUGCAAAGCGAAUCGUUGAGACUGUCGACUAACUCGUCAGUCGGAACGAUUCCCGAUUUUCCAUUACCGGUGGCUGCGGAUUCGCUAACUCCGACAAGGAGAAGUGUAAAUCUAGGUCCGCCGCCAUCUUCAAGGAGAGGAGCCUCGUCGUUUUAUUCAACUGUAUCGUACGUUUCACCGAUACCAGAAGAGAGCCUGAGGACGCGAUCACGUACUUCUUAUGCGUCUAGCGCGGCGAUACCGGAUUCCUUCGAAAAUUUAUCGCCAGGAUACAGUCCGGGCGCGGUCUCUAUUAACGACACGAUAGCGGAGGAGUCUUUUAUUAGCGACGACGCGGAUGAAACUAGCCUAGUUAGGAGUGCGAGCAUUGGAAAGAGGGGAAAGCCGGCUCUGAUAACCACAGGAAGCUUUGAAAAGAGCGAUUCGAUGCUGAGACCUGGACCUACGCCGGUUCAGGGCGGUCCGUUCCGAGACGGUACUGGAUAUAUCGAGGCCUCGUCAAGCUCGUCAGGAAAUGUUUCCAGAGAGGCUGUCGGCACUGGCGUGACUACCGAUAACAUGCUGAAUGCUUUUGAAGGCGCUAGCGCCACAGACCCUUCAUCGAUACGGAAUGUUGGUCCAUCACCGAGGCCAUAUAAUAGUCUUUCCGCAAUUAGACGUCCACCACGUCUUGAUAUAGAUGCAGUAAGAGCGGCCGAGGCUAGAGGGAGCUUGACGAGCUUGCCGGAUCUAAUUCGACGGGCGACGAGGCUGGCAUCGCUGAUGGACAGAGGCCGUAGACCAGGGAGUCGUUUUAACGAUCUCGACUUUCCUGAGGAAGCCUAUGGCAAUGAUCCUGAGAAGGACUUUUAUUAUAAUAAUAACAAUAAGCACCAGUCUGGGCUGUCUGAUAUGCUAGCGGCAUUUCCGCCCCCGGCAACUCGAAGUGGAGUACGAAAAAGCAGACUCUCCGCUGCUUGGCCGUUGGGCCGAAUGUCGUUCCGCGGCCCGCCGGCAGCAACAGAACCGGGGGUCGACCCUGAACGGGGACCGCAGAAGAAGGGGCGCCGUUGCUGCGGGUUGCCUAUAUGGACUUUGUUUGCGCUGGCCUUCAUGUUAUUAUGCAUUGUAACCGCUGCGGUUAUUGUUCCUGUCAAAUUUCUCGUUCUUGACAAGCCGGUUGAAAAAAGUGUAGCGCAACCGGCUAUUUCAAACUGCGAGGCGCAGCUAACCUGUGCUAAUGGGGGCACAAAUGUGGUUGUGCAGGGUGUCUGUUCGUGUAUCUGUUCCAACGGUUUCACUGGGGCGGACUGUACAGUUCCUACUUCUCAGGGCUGUACUACAACAUCGAUCAUCAUGGAAGGCACCAAUAUCAAUAACGUCACUAUUGGCCAGGCAGUUCCCCGUCUUAUCAGAGAUGCACAGAGUAACUUCUCGAUUCCUCUAGUUGCCACGUUGAUACAGUCAAAAUUCAACAAAGAAAGUCUAUCCUGCAACACGGAAAAUGCGUUGGUAACCUUUAACGGACAAUCUUUUCGAACACAAGAGUCCUCGGCUGAGGUCUCUGACCUUAGUUCGAGCCCUCAUCUCGCGCAGGCUGCUAUAGCUGCCGAGGAUAUCGCCAUUACUCUAAGCGUUUUUCCGGAUAUUGAUAUCACAUUGACAGUUGAAAAUCCGGCAGGGACUGGCGCGUUCACUGGGAGUUUCGUGGUGACUACUCUAACUAAUCCGACUACAAUUUCUGGAUCUACUCUAUUUGCUACUACUAUAACACCUAGCAACUCCAAGCGAUCUUCACCUACGCCACAGCCUACGACAGCCUCGACAACAGCCUCGACAACAACCCCGACAACAACCCCGACAACAGCACCCGCCUCGACUACUACUACUACCACCUCAAGUAGUACAAGCUCGGCCCCCGUGCCAAGUUCAACUUUUACUGUUACGGAGGAGAUUGUCGACUUUGCGCGCGUGGCUGUGCUUUAUAUUUUCCAAGAGCAAGCAUUAUCCGAUGCAGUAACUGCCCAAUCCUCGGUCCAGAGCUUUUUCACUGACGUAGACGCCGGUCGAAAUACGUCUUCCCGCGUGAUGAUGGACCAAGGAUUGAAUGUCACUCUUGGCGGAGGAAACACAAUUGAUUUCGUGAACCUAUUUGUUGAUAUAGGCAGAGGACGAGUCGGAGGUCGCAAUAAUUAAUAUGUUUUGACCAAGGAAACUUAUGCGCCUACGUUUCGAAUGCUAUUCGAGCCGGUCGGGCAACAAUACCAAGCCGCUCGCUAAAUGAACAACGGGGGCGAGCUGACUUACAAU